AUUAGGAUUAUAUGAGUAAAAAUGUAUCUUGACUUCUCUGUUGACUAGUUGACUUGUAUUAGAUUAUAUAGCUUAAUGUAUUGUUUUUAAUCAUGAAAAGAUAAUCAACAAUAUAAUUCAUUUCAAAAAUGUGUGUUUCAGAAGUAAAUUGUAAGAUACUGAUAAUCAAUAGUUGAUUUAUUUUGAUAAUCUUGUAGGUAAAAUAUAUUUGAAUUAAAAUUUUGGAUAUUUUAUAUGAAAAAUUAAAAAAUAAUACUAGGUGAAAUGUUACAUGAAUCCAAAUGAGAACACUUAAUCACAAAUGUAUGAAAAUUUCCGUCUAAAUUUAUUGACUGUUUUGAAAAAUAAUUUAGGAUCUAAAGAGGAGGAAUAUAUGUUAGCAUUUAAAGAAAAUACAGAAUAAAAGAUACAUGAAACAAGUCUGUAUGAGAUGAAUGAAUGAAAGAUAUAAAAUAUGUGCAUUAAAAUGAUAAAAUCUCUUCUAUAAUAGUUUCUGAUCUAUAUAAAUCACAAAUGGGCACUGAAUCUGUAGAUUGGCUAAUAAAUAAAAUUAAUGAGAAAAUAUCCUCUAUCAUAGUUUAUGAUCUAUCAGAUUCUCUAAACACAAAUGGAAAUGAAUUUGGUAGAUUAGAGUUUUUUUUUUAAAUCUCAGCAUGCGCGUUGCAAUUAGUUUACCACUAUCCCACAAACCUUAUAUAUACCAACACAUUAGAUUGCCAACAAAUAAAAAAGAACUCAUUAUUUCACUUCGAAUACAAAGACGAUGGCCUCUAUAUUCUUUUCAGUUCUCUUGCCUCUAUCAGUACUCUCUUCACCCUUUCUCCUAAACGCAAACGCUCAUACAAAACUUGGCUUCAGCACGGAUCUGAUCCACCGUGACUCUCCUAAAUCGCCUUUCUACAAUCCGACAGAAACCUCUGCUCAGCGUCUAAGAAACGCGGUUCACCGAUCCGUAAACCGUGUUGUCCAUUUCAACGGAAAAGAUGCAUCAGUUAACUCACCUGAAACUGAGAUAACCUCAGAUGGAGGUGAAUAUCUCAUGAAUGUAUCACUCGGGACUCCUCCCUUCCCGAUCAUGGCGAUCGCUGACACGGGAAGCGAUCUCCUAUGGACCCAGUGCAAGCCAUGCGAUGACUGUUACACUCAGGAUGAUCCUCUCUUUGACCCUAAAGCAUCUUCUACAUACAAAGACGUUUCUUGCUCCUCAAGCCAAUGUACUGCCCUUGAGAGUCAAGCCACUUGUUCGACAGAAGACAACACUUGCUCUUACACUUUGUCUUACGGGGACAAGUCUUACACAAAGGGUAAUGUUGCCGCCGACACCGUAACGCUUGGCUCCACUGAUAACCGCCCCGUGCAGCUCAAAAAUAUCGUCAUUGGAUGUGGUCACAAUAACGCUGGAACAUUCAGCAAGAAGGGCUCUGGAAUCAUUGGACUUGGUGGUGGUUCGGUUUCGCUCAUUUCGCAACUCGGAGACUCAAUCGAUGGCAAAUUCUCAUACUGCUUGGUCCCUCUAUCCUCAGAAAACGAUAAAACAAGCAAGAUCAACUUCGGAACUAAUGCGGUUGUGUCGGGAAAUGAAUCUGUCUCAACUCCAUUGAUCACAAAAUCGCAAGCGACCUUCUAUUACCUAACCCUAGAAUCCGUUAGCGUGGGUAGCAAGAAUAUCAAAUACCCAUCGGUAUCAGAUUCUUAUGGAAGCAGCAGCAAGGGGAACAUCAUCAUCGACUCUGGCACAACUCUGACCAUGUUCUCAACCGACUUUUACUCCGAACUCGAAGAUGCGGUUGCAUCCUCAAUCGAUGCUGAGAGAACUAACGAUCCACAAAACGUGUUGAGUUUGUGUUACAGCGCAACCGCUAAGCUGAACGUUCCAGUCAUUACUAUGCAUUUCGAUGGAGCAGAUGUGAAGUUAGACUCCUCCAAUGCCUUCAUACAAAUCUCUGAGGAUUUGGUUUGCUUCGCCUUCCGUGGGGACGACCAGUUGGCAAUUUACGGGAAUAUAGCACAGAUGAACUUCCUUAUUGGUUACGACACCGUUUCUAAGACGGUCUCAUUCAAACCAGCAGAUUGUGCAAAGAUGUAGAUGUUUCCGCUCCACCUGCCUAGUUUUUCUUUCCUUUCAAAUUAUAUAGUUUUAUUAUUAUUAUAUUAAUGGCUGAAUUCAUUUUAGCCUCGUUUCUUCGUUUACAAUUAUGAUUAUGUAGAAUCCUUAAUUUAUUUCAUUAUGAUAUAAUAUUAUUGGUUCUCUUCGUAA